GAUUAUGCCAUUCGACAGCAAUAACAAUUAGCUUUCCCCCAUCCUCAGAGAUAUCAUUCGAAAUCACCCUCAGAAGAUUCCAUAUCACCUCGCACAUAAAAUGCAUUUCUCCUUCCUCGCCGUUGUUACUUUUUUGACAGCGUCUAUGUCUGUCAGUGCAUGUGGCAAAACAGCGUGCUCAACAAGUGCAGACUGCUGCAAGAACUAUCUUUGUAUACAACCACCUGCGCGCCUUAGCAAUCAGCGUACUGCCAACACCCCUAAAGUUGAGCCGGCAGCCCUAGUGGUGCAUCGCGACAGUGAGUCAUGUUCUGCUUUCGCGUUGGUAUCGUGGUUGAUGGUGCAAUACCUAGUUCGAAGUCAAUCAGUGCAGUUGCUUGUGGAUAAAUUUUCGUGCUGCUCGAGCAAUGUAAAUGUUUGGACUUGUCUGAAAAUGAUCAACUGCGCCUAGUCUUGCUCGCGGUCCACUAAGCUUGAGUUCGAGAGGUGCGCUGAUAAUUCCCUACAAUCUUGAAUCUGUUCGUCCAAGGUUGGCCUUGAAGGCUAGAU